AUGGCCAAGGCCCGGACGAAGAAGCGCACCCAUGUCGGCGCCACCAACCCAAGGCACCGGGCGCCUCUCGAAGGCCGUGCCGCCGGAACAGACCCCAAGAGCAUGGUGAUCCGGAUCGGUGCUGGCGAAGUCGGUUCCAGUGUCAGCCAGCUUGCCAAAGACGUCCGCCAGGUCAUGGAACCCGGCACAGCGAGUCGCCUCAAGGAGCGCCGCGCCAACAGCCUCCGCGACUACAUCACCAUGACGGGGCCGCUGGGCGUUACACAUCUCAUGCUCUUCUCGAGGUCGGAAGCCGGAAACACGAACUUGCGGAUAGCGACCACGCCGCGUGGACCGACUUUGCAUUUCCGCGUCGAGAGGUACUCUUUGUGUAAAGAUGUUCGCAGGGCGCAAAGGCAUCCGAGAGGAGGAGGCAAGGAGUAUGACACGCCGCCAUUGCUCAUCAUGAACAACAUUGUCAGCUCCAAUUCAGACUCGAAAUCCAAAGUACCGCGUCACCUCGAGUCCCUCACAACCACAAUCUUCCAGUCCCUCUUCCCGAGGAUCAACCCGCAGACCACACCGCUCAAGUCCAUACGCCGCGUGCUCCUGAUCAACCGCGAGCCCUCGAAGGACGCCAACGGCGAGGACGACGGCUCCUUCGUCCUCAACUUCCGGCACUACGCCAUCACCACGACGGCGGCGGGCAUGUCGAAACCCCUGCGCCGGCUCAACGCCGCACAGAAGGUGUUUGGCGGCAAGGCGGACGGCGGGCGCCGGAACAACCGCAAGGGCGGCGUGCCGAAUCUCGGCAAGCUCGAGGACAUUGCGGACUACAUGAUUGGCGGCGAGGAUGGGCAGGGUUACAUGUCUGACGCGACGAGCGGGAGCGAGGUUGACACCGACGCCGAGGUGGAGGUUCUCGAGAGCACGGCGCGGAGGGUGCAGUCUUCUUCGUCGGCCAAGGCGAAGGCGAGACCCGACGGUGGUGAUGAUGAGGACGAGGACGAGGACGAGGAGGGAGGUGCUGCCACUGGCGGCUACGACAAGGUCGAGCGGCGGCGCGUCAAGCUCGUGGAGCUGGGCCCGCGCAUGAAGCUGCGCAUGACCAAGGUCGAGGAAGGCCUGUGCUCGGGCAAGACCAUGUGGCACGACACAAUCCACAAGUCGCAGAAGGAGAUUCAUGAUCUCGAGAACCGAUGGGAGCAGCGCCGCAAGGAGAAGGAGGCGCGGAGGAAGCAGCAGAAGGCUAAUGUGGACAAGAAGAGCAAGGAGAAGAAGGCUGCUGGUGGUGGCAAGGGCGGGGACGAUGAGGAUGAGGAAGAGUACGACGGCUACAAGGUCCGUGCUGAUGGCAACGACAGCGACUUGUUUGACGACAUCAUGGAGGAAGACGUCAGUGGCGAUGAGGACGAUGGUUUUGACAGCGAGGGCCUCGCUGGAGAUGCGGAGGAGAUGCUGCACAAGCAGAUGGAGGACGAAGCGGGUUGGGAGGAUGAGCAAUAAAUAGGUUCCGCAGGGGAUGUCUGCUGGAGUGUCCGAGCAUACGAUGCAUGUAUUGGACCAAGGAACCAAAAAGAGUGAUCUUGUCAAAAAGGGGAAGGCAGCGUCGCUACAAGAGCAUAAGUCAGGCGUUCUUGAUAUCACAUUUUAUCUUCUUUGGGUUGUCAGCAUUGAGAAAACUCUUCAUUGCCUCCGCUUGUGUUUGUGCUUCGCUUCUAGAUGCUGGCCAGCGGUGGAAUGAAGAUCCAGCCUAAGAUCAAUUCAU